AUGCUCCACUCAACCUUUAGCUCCGGCUGCUGUAAUGGCGUUUUUACAGCUAACGCCAAACCUCUAUUCUCCAUUAAAAACUCCAGCCCCCUCAGCCCCAGUCUCCUCAGCUCCAGUCCCCUCAGCUCCAGCCCCCUCAGCUCCAGCCCCUUCAGCCCCAGUCCCCUCAGCCCCAGCCCCCUCAGCUCCAGUCCCCUCAGCUCCAGCCCCCUCAGCUCCAGCCCCCUCAGCUCCAGCUCCCUCAGCUCCAGUCCCCUCAGCUCCAGUCCCCUCAGCUCCAGUCCCCUCAGCUCCAGUCCCCACAGCUCCAGCCCCCUCAGCUCCAGCCCCCUCAGCUCCAGCCUCCUCAGCCCCAGUCUCCUCAGCUCCAGCCCCCUCAGCUCCAGCCCCUUCAGCCCCAGUCCCCUCAGCCCCAGCCCCCUCAGCUCCAGUCCCCUCAGCUCCAGCCCCCUCAGCUCCAGCCUCCUCAGCCCCAGUCCCCUCAGCCCCAGCCCCCUCAGCUCCAGCCCUCAGCUCCAGUCCCCUCAGCUCCAGUCCCCUCAGCUCCAGUCCCCUCAGCUCCAGUCCCCUCAGCUCCAGCCCCCUCAGCCCUACUCCAGCCCCCUCAGCCCCAGUCCCCUCAGCCCCAGCCCCCUCAGCCCCAGUCUCCUCAGCCCCAGUCCCCUCAGCCCCAGCCCCCUCAGCUCCAGCCUCCUCAGCCCCAGUCCCCUCAGCCCCAGCCCCCUCAGCUCCAGCCUCCUCAGCCCCAGUCCCCUCAGCCCCAGCCCCCUCAGCUCCAGUCCCCUCAGCUCCAGCCCCCUCAGCUCCAGUCCCCUCAGCUCCAGCCCCCUCAGCCCCAGUCCCCUCAGCUCCAGCCCCCUCAGCUCCAGCCCCCUCAGCUCCAGCUCCCUUAGCUCCAGUCCCCUCAGCUCCAGUCCCCUCAGCUCCAGUCCCCUCAGCUCCAGUCCCCUCAGCUCCAGCCCCCUCAGCCCCAGUCCCCGCAGCUCCAGCCCCCUCAGCUCCAGCCCCCUCAGCCCUCUCUUCACCUCCUCGUUCCUCUUCCUCAUUAGUUUCUCGCGAGCGUCAUUUACAUGA